UAAAUCGUGCUUGUAAUGAUUCGGGUGAUGUUGAACGUGAAAGGGGUUCCCUCACCUUCAUGCAAUUGCGUUCAAUCCGAUUGACCGUGAACGCCACAAGACAGACACCCAUCCUGCUUCCGUCAUGACGCCGAGUGACGUCAAGGCGUUUGUCCAAUCAGAUGGAGAUCCCCAAGCGCCGUAAAGAAGCAGAUGAUAUGGCAGCUUCGAAAGCGACCAGGUGGAACUUGCUUUGUUAGCACGACUAAAGCAUUGGUAAUGAUUAGAAUUUAACGGAGAGAGGGCAACGAGGUAGCUGCUCGAAAUGAUUUACUUAAUCCUAAUUUCGGCUUUCUCUGGAGCGGUCGUUACAUUGAUUUUGCAGUUCUUGUUGCUCUACCGGAGGAGCCCAGAGCCUAUCGGGAGGACCGAGCAGUACGCCAAAGUAGUGCUUGAUAACGCAUUGAAGGAUUACUUUAAUUCCCAGCAUGUCGAUCCAGGCCAUCUGCAGCAGCAGCAGCCGCCGCCGCCGCCGCUGCCGCCGCCGCUGCAGGACAGCACAGCCUCUGCUGGUUGCAAGUCGCAAGAGGCCCCCUCAACCAGACAGCAGGAAGCAGUGACCAGUGGCAGCCCCAAACAACAACAACAACCGCCGCCGCCUACGCACGGCGACUCGGUUGAUGCGGACAAGCCGGAAUCGUGUCAUUUCCUCAAUGCUAUCUUUUUGUUCCUGUUCAGGGAGCUGCGGGACACUCCUGUCGUUAGACACUGGCUCACCAAAAAGAUCAAGGUAGAAUUUGAGGAGCUGCUGCAAACCAAGACAGCAGGUCGGCUGCUAGAGGGACUUAGCCUGCGAGAUAUUUCCUUAGGUAACUCGCUUCCGGUUUUCAACACGGCCAAACUCAUGAAGCCGGUGCAUAUGAACGAGGACGGCAUGCCGGAGGAACUCAACUUUGAGGUGGACAUUGAGUACAACGGCGGCUUCCACCUUGCUAUUGACGUGGACUUGGUGUUUUGGAAGUCCGCCUACCUGUUCGUUAAAAUGAGGCGCGUGGUGGGCAAACUGAGGCUGCAGUUCACCCGCGUGCCCUUCACCCACUGGUCCUUCACCUUCCUCGAGGACCCACUGGUGGACUUUGAGGUCAAGUCCCAGUUUGAAGGCAGGCCUCUUCCUCAGCUCACCUCCAUCAUCGUCAACCAACUCAAACGGGUCAUCAAAAAGAAGCACACACUACCCAACUACAAAAUCAGAUACAAGCCUUUCUUCCCAUUCCAAGUGCAGCCAAGUCUGGGCUCGACCUCUGACUUUGAAUUGUCAGUCCAGGACAGCAGACUCGUGGAAGGCCGUCUCAAAGUUACUCUUAUUGAAUGUAGCAGACUCUUCAUCCUGGGCUCAUAUGACCGAGAAACUUAUGUUCACUGCACUCUGGAGCUGAGCAGCCACCAGUGGAAGGAGAAGACCCGAAGCUCCAUUAAACGAACCGAGGUCAUCAAGGGUCCAUGUGGCAGCGUGGGAAUGACAUUCCGGCACGUACCUGCCACUGAGGGAGAUGUGGUCCACGUAAGCAUCGAGACCGUGACACCCAACUCCCCUGCAGCCUCGGCAGACUUGCAGCGAGGCGAUCGCCUCAUCGCAAUCGGAGGUGUCAAAGUGACAUCGUCAGUUCAAGUCCCCAAGCUUCUGAAGCAGGCCGGAGACAGGGUAGCGGUACUGUACGAGAGGCCGGUCCGCCACCACAAUCCGUCCCUCGGAACUCUUCAGGAGGGAUUUGGGCAGUUGGACGAAGCGGCCUUUAUAUCCCAGCCAGGGGGUUACGAAGAAGAGCCGGCCCCCAUCACCACUCUGUCUGAUAUGACUGACAGUAAAGAGAUGGACUCUGAAUUUGAAGAGUUGAUUGUGGAAUCCAAAGCCAGCCCGAAUGUUGGCCCCACCAGCACCAGCGAGGAUUGUUUACUUACGGUCAACCAAAGCCCCAAAAAAAGCGUGGCCAACUUGGCUUCCAAACCUCUCGGGACCAUCUCGCCCAUCCUUAACCGGAAGCUAAACCUGGUGGGCCUCCAAUCGCCGCUAAAGCCCCAACCUAAAGAAUCGCCAAAGCCCUCCCGACAGAAGACGGGCAACGAUUCAGGAGACGCUUUGCAGCGGCCCACAGUAGCGCCGCCGCCGCCGCCGCCAUCUCGUCCCCCGGUGCCACCGAGACCUCAAAUCCGGUUGUCAUCGGCCAGCUCAGAAAGCAUCCUUUGCGAUAGUCUCGAUUCGACCGCAACUCCCGUAGCAUCCGCUGUCAGCGCUUCUGACAAAUCUCCCGAAAACGUUCUUUUGACAGGCGCCAACGACGACGACGCGGCUGGCGCGGACAAGACGAGCGUCAAAGCGGCUGAAGGCAAGUGCGGCAAGCCUUCCGAGGCCACGGACGAUAUUGCCAUCUCGUCCUUGGCAAAGGACAAAGUUUCCGAGAGUUCCUGCAGCACACGGGACAGCCUGGAAGAGCGCUCCUUCUGGGAAUCCCCGGAAACCAUGUUUCGUAAGCAGACGGCGCGUUGGCCCAAGGCCUCUGUUGUGUUUGAGGUGGACAGCAACCAUCAGUACCUUAACGUGGCUCUUUGGUGUAAAGAUCCCUUUAAGCUGGGCAGUUUGUUGUGCCUGGGUCACGUCAGCCUCCAGCUGGAGCAUGUGGCCCUCGAAUGUAUGGCAACAGCUUCAGCAGAAUAUCAGAGCACGUUUAAGCUGGGGCCUCCGGAGCCUCGAGCGAAUGUCAGCCGCACAGCGCUCCGCAGCCUCAGCACCCACAAAGGCUUCAAUGAGAACUUGUGCUACGGAGACCUGACUUUAAAUUUCUGUUACCUGGCGGGGGACGAGUUGGACUACCCCGGAGCGGCGGAGAGGGAGCGGGAGGGGAGUGUCCACGACGAAGAGAUCAGGGAGCGGGAACAUAUCACGGCGGCCCCACGUGACGACUUGGCCUACGGUGCCAUGCAGCUCGUGGAGGUUCGACACAAUUUCCAGGACACCCAGUUCCAAAACCCCACCUGGUGUGAAUAUUGCAAAAAGAAGGUUUGGACCAAGGCAGCCUCCCAGUGUAUGAUCUGCGCCUAUGUUUGCCACAAGAAAUGCCAGGAAAAAUGCCUGGCUGAAAACCCCUUCUGCGUGGCAGCCACCGAACGGCGAGGAGCCGACCCUGAGGCCAAGUCCUCCAUUAAUCGGGCCACCACCGGCUUAACCCGCCAUAUUAUCAACACCAGCUCCCGCCUUCUUAACCUACGCCAGGGCACCAAGACUCGCCUGGUGGAGCAGGUGACCGACGCGGCGCCCGGAGCGGUGGAUCCUUCCCCCAAACAUACUCCCAACACCUCCGACAACGAGAGCAGCGAUACCGAGACCUACACCGGUGGGGCCAGCCCCUCCAAGCAGCUCCAAGCCGGCGCCGGCGGCGGCGGCAAACUCGUUCGCAAGGAGGGCGGCUUGGACGAUAGCGUGUUCAUCGCCGUCAAAGAAAUAGGCCGCGACCUCUACCGAGGUUUGCCCACAGAUGAGCGCUCCCAAAAACUGGAGUUGAUGCUGGACAAGCUGCAGCAGGAAAUCGAUCAGGAGUUGGAGCACAACAACGCUCUCUUGACGGAGGAGAGGGAGAGCGGCGACCCCAGGCGUAAGGUGAUCAUCGGUUCGGCGCUUUCCAAGUCGGGCGAAAGGCUCCAGGCGCUCACUCUGCUGAUGAUUCACUACCGCGCGGGCAUCGAAGACUUGGAGUCGGUGGAGAGCACCUCUCCGUCGGAGCAACCGCCUUUUAAGGGCAAAGGAGAUGGCUUGGAGGAGGAGGCCCUGAUGGGAGCAGAGGUCUAUGACAGUGACAUAUGCAGCCCAGGGGACUUGCAACUCUUGGACGACAUCACUGAGGAGCAGAUCUGCGUGGAGGCGCUCCACUAGAAAAAUGGGGGGGGUACCGUCCAUUGUUGUUCAUUACAUCUCACUAAAUACACGACGGAGUUUCCUCCCUCCUCUGGAUACUUGGUUGCACCUGUCUCUCUACUUUGAAAGGGAAACACUGUAUUGUUGCUUUUGCAUUUGAUAUUCUUCAUUCAAGAUACUUUUUCUGAUGAUCCAGUGUGUUUGUAAAACUUUGCCCUUCUCAGUAAUAUUUUCACAUGGCGCUAUUUUUGUGUGCAAUGAAAAUAAAUACUAGCUCAGUAGUCAUUUACUGUAAAGGUCAAAAUGACUCACGUGUGUGUGUGGGGGGGGGGGGGGGGGGGGGGAGAACGUUCUUUUGUGAACACUGCAGUCGAGCUUUCUUACGUUUUUGUUUGAAGCACUUUUAAAUGCGGAUCUUUUAAUAUUCAGAAAUGACUCCCAGCUACAAAAUGAUUGGGAUGUUUUUUUUAUCACCUCAGCCAAACAAGUUUCAGAUAGCGUAUAAAAGACCAUUUUAGAGGUGUCAUUGUCCUCUUAAUAUUUGAAAUCAAUUCUUUAAAUGUUUAUCUCAUCAAUGUUAUGAGGAAUUUGGUGAAUUUUGAUCAUUUUUGGUUUUCCUAUCUUGAUUUCCAAAUUCUAUUUGACCCAUCUUUGGAGUUUUUUUUCUUUUCCAUGUUUUUGUUUAGCAUUUGUACGUGAGGAAAUAUAAUUGUACUUUAAAAACCUUAACUCUGUGAUGUCGUACAUGCCAUCUGCCUUCACGAGUGGUGUGAGUGCCCAAUGUUUUUCAUCUUGCUUAUUAUUAUUAUGAUUAUUUUAAAGAUGCUAUUUUUUUUUUUUUUGUCACCACCUACUCCAUUAUUUGCAGGCAUUGAGCAUUAGUCUUCAGGCCUAACUAGCUAUCAGCUCCUUAAAUGUUAUCUUCUUACUUUUCUCCAAUGCUGCUUGAAGAGCCAC